GGCGCGGGGUUGGGGGGGACGUUGAGUCCCGAGCGUGUGUGCUGCGUCCGAGCGGUGAAUAAGUCGGAUACAAAUUCGCGUCGGAAAAGUUUGUUUGUUGCUAUUAUAAAACACCUUCCGCGGUUUUCCGCCGGGAUCUUAUACAGGUGUUUAUAAUUGUGUGUUAAAGUCUUUUUAAAUCCCCCCAUUUUUUUUGUUUGACUCUUUCCUAAUCUGUCUCUCGCGCGCGUGCCUCAGUGUUUGUACGCGAUAAUAGAUCACGCUGGAUUUAGUUUUUUUUCCCCCUCCCUUUUAAAACCUGAUACAAAGUGAAGAAUCCGGAUUGAGGAAAACUCUUUGAGGAAUCCCACACGUUCUUCCUCGCCUGUCUUCUCGGAAUGUCAGGGGCAGUCACUCCGGACAGGUAACCCGGUGUGUAGCUGUUGCCAUGGCAACGCGGCCGAGGCCGAUGUUGCGUCUCGUCCUCGGCGCUCUCCUCCUCUGCUCGACGACGACGGCGCAGGACCACGAGUGGCAUUUUGACUCAACGAUAUGUCGUUACGCACUGGGGAUGGAGGACGGAACGAUCCCGGAUUCCGAUAUCUCAGCAUCCAGUGCCUGGUCUGACUCAACCGAGGCCAAACAUGGCAGGCUGAGUACAGGAGAAGGGGAUGGUGCAUGGUGUCCAUUAGGUUCAGUCUUCCCCCAUCCUUCAGAGUAUCUGCAGGUGGACCUGCACAAACUGCACUUCCUGUCCCUGGUGGGCACGCAGGGUCGUCAUGCCGAUGGGCACGGGCGGGAGUUUGCGCGCAGCUACCGGCUCCGGUACUCUCGGGACGGUCGCCAAUGGAUCACCUGGAAAGACCGCUGGGGCCAGGAGGUGAUUUCAGGCAACGAGAACACGCACGAUGUGGUUCUGAAGGACCUGGGCCCUCCGAUCAUAGCGCGAAUGGUCCGGUUCUACCCUCUGGCUGACCGCAUGAUGAGCGUGUGUAUGAGAGUGGAGCUCUACGGCUGCUUGUGGAGUGAUGGACUAAAGGCCUACACUGCACCAAUGGGCCACAUUAUGAACAUGUCUGGCUCUCCUGUAUAUCUCAAUGACUCCAUCUAUGACGGCAGUAUGGAAGCAGGGAUGUUGUUUGGAGGUCUGGGUCAGCUAUGUGAUGGGGUAUUGGGAGGGGAUGAUUUUGUGGAAAGUAAGGAACUACGGGUGUGGCCAGGUUACGACUACGUCGGCUGGAGCCGGGAAGUCCUGGGCAAACCCACUGUGGACAUCGAGUUCCACUUUGAGAAGCCACGCCUCAUUCAAACCAUGCAGGUGCACACCAAUAACUGGCACACGCAGGGCGUGCGCGUGUUCUCUGAGGUACUGUGCGAGUUCAAGGCGAGCUUGCUGAGCCCGUGGAGCGAGCCAGCUCUGAGCGUGCACGUGCCCCUGAGCGACCUGCGAGACCCCUCGUCACGCACAGUCACGCUGCCGCUCGGUGGCCAGCCUGCACACAUCCUUCGUUGCCACUUCACCUUCUCUGACAGCUGGCUGUUGAUCAGUGAGAUCAGCUUUUACUCUGAGCCGUUCAACAGCAGCUCACCGUUUCCCUCAAUAGCUUUUCCUCGUCCCUCCCCCACUCCUCGCUCUCCUCUCCUCACCUCGCCCUCUUUGACCUCCACCACCUUUGCCAGCACUACCAACUCCAGCAGGCGCCGAACAGGUGCUGCUGGUGAUGAUUUUGCUGCUGUUACCCCAAGGGCAGGGCUUCCUGUUGCUAAGGAUGACAGCAGCAACACUGCUAUCCUGAUCGGCUGCCUAGUGGGCAUAAUUCUGCUGCUGUUGGCUGUCAUAGUUGGUAUUCUCUGGAGGCAGUACUGGAAGAAGCUGCUUGGCAAGGCCCAGGGUAGCCUGUCGAGCGACGAGCUGCGAGUUCAUCUCUCAGUUCCCUCAGAAAACGUAGUGAUCAAUAACACAAACACACACACGUACUCCAGCCGUUACCAGCGAAUACACACUUUCCCUGAUGACCCAGAUAGAGACGGGGAGUAUCAGGAGCCCAGCACUGUGGUACGCCCUCGGGAGCAGCGUGACAGCACAGCCUUGCUGUUAAACAACCCAGCCUAUCACCUUCUCCUGUCUGACCUGAGAUACAACCCCAACAGGCUGCCAAAGUGCUCCAGAGACUCUGUUAAACCCCAAAACCUGCCCCAGGCAUGCAGCUUAGAUAUCGACGAUAAAGCACUACCUGUUCAGGAAGGACCGCCCCCAUACCCUGGAGCCCCGCCUCCACUCCUGGGAGCUCAUUAUGCCGAAGCCACCGGGGGCGGCCCCAGUGUGCCUCAUUAUGCCGAAGCAGACAUCAUCAGCCUGCAGGGUGUAAGCGGGAACAACACGUACGCGGUUCCCGCCCUCUCGGCCACACCCAUGGAGUGUCCGCCCCUUCCUGAGCUGCAGCGGGAACGACUCCUCUUCAAAGAGAAGCUUGGAGAGGGCCAGUUUGGAGAGGUUCAUUUGUGUGAAAUUGAAAACCCUCAAGACCUCCCAAAUCUCGAGUUCCCUUUUAACGUGAGGAAAGGUCGCCCUCUGUUGGUGGCUGUGAAGAUUCUUCGGCCUGACGCCUCGAAAAACGCCAGAAACGACUUCCUGAAAGAGGUGAAGAUCUUGUCUCGUCUGAAAGAUCCUAACAUAAUCCAGUUGCUGGGGGUGUGUGUGAGCAGUGACCCCCUGUGCAUGGUCACUGAAUACAUGGAGAGUGGCGACCUUAACCAGUAUCUCUCCCAACGGGUGUUACUGGAUAAGAGUGGACCGCUUCACAACAUGCCAACCAUCAGCUACCCCGCUCUAAUCUCCAUGGCGAGUCAGAUCUCAUCCGGGAUGAAGUUCCUGGCGUCGCUUAACUUUGUCCAUCGAGACUUGGCUACACGUAACUGCCUAGUCGGAGGCGAGCUGGGAGAAGGAGACGACAGAACAGGAGAGAGGCACAUUAAGAUCGCUGACUUCGGCAUGAGCCGAAACCUGUACGCCGGGGAUUACUACAGGAUCCAGGGGAGAGCUGUGCUUCCUAUCCGAUGGAUGGCCUGGGAGUGUAUUCUUAUGGGCAAGUUCACUACAGCCAGUGACGUGUGGGCGUUCGGAGUGACACUGUGGGAGAUGCUGAGUGUGUGUCAGGAGCAACCGUAUGGCCACAUGACUGAUGAGCAGGUCAUCGACAAUGCAGGGGAGUUCUUUAGAGACCAAGGAAGACAGGUAUAUCUGACUCGGCCGGCAGUGUGUCCCCAGGGCCUGUACGAGUUAAUGCUGAGCUGCUGGAACAGAGACUGUAAACUCCGGCCCUCUUUCACCCAGAUUCACUCUUUCCUCACCGAGGACGCCAUGAACAUGGUGUAACGAGAUGAGACAAGCGGAUCUCUCUUCUCACGUAAAACAGAGGUGUAGCCUGCACUAGCUGCUGGAGGUGAUACUCGGUGUAGAAGUAGGCUGAGCUAAGCACUCUUAUGUACAUUUUGCGCAAUUUUACCUUCGACAGGUCCGGCCUCGGAGACGCUGCUGGUUCGGUUCUCGUGCUUGACCUGCUUCAGAUCUAGAACCCUAAUCCCUACACCCUUAACGCUAGGUCGGGUUAACCCGUAGUCCUGAACUAACCUCCCGAAUAUGCAGUUCAUCUUUAAUCUUUUGAAAAACGAGAACCAUUUUAGUUUUUUCUUACACAAAAAAAAAGGUGGAGGGCUUUUCUAUCGCUGAGAAAAAAAACUAUAUAGACUGUGAAUGAAAUAGUUGAUGUGAUUAUCCCAGCAAUUAACAUGUACUUACAAAGAAACAUACACAUACAAGCAUUUAUUUCAGAAGUAGGUUAGGAGUGAAUUCUGUCUAAUCUCAGUCUUCAUGCUGGGUAUGAGGGGUCUUCAUUCCAAUCGUGAGCCUUUUUUUUGUUGUUAUUUUUGGGUUCAUUGGUGUGUAAAUCUCUUAAACACAAGGCUCGAGCACUUCUCUCUGAAUCGCUCAGCAAGCAGUGUACAUUCUUAAGACUGGUUGAGGGGUUUUCUGUUGUUGUUUUUUUUUUGUGCAAUUACAUGCUUAAUUUUGGAGGUGUACUUUUUUUUUUCCAUCGUGAAAUCAGACAUGGUGCCCUCUAACCAUUUGGACACGUUCUCCAAACGUCGCAGGAUCCCUCCCUACCAGGUCACACCGUCUGCUCAACAGUUAAUAGACUCGAGGAACGAACAGAACAAAAUGAGUCGCGAGUCAAUUCCAGAUUCGACGUUCAUAAUUCGAAGCGCCGUAACCUGAUAGAAUACGUUCGUGUAUAUGUGAAUUCUCCCAGUGACUGUAUAUACGACAAACGAUUUCCGACGCCUUUUCAUGGAGCUGGCUGUGAUUUUCGAGUUGUGAGGGUUGCCCUGUCCGGUACAUUCGUAGCAUGAGCCAGAGAGGUCGAGGCAAAGUCAAGAUCAAGCGCCGUGUCAGUCUGGGAAGAGUUCAUUUGGGCGGUUUUCUGUACACAGAAACCCUGUCACCAAGCGAACUGGUCUUUACAAAAGUAUAUCACUAUUAAAAUCCCCCCCCACACAGAGCAUACAAUCAUGCAGAUGCAGGCAACAAGCUUCAGUCUAUGUUUAAAUCAAAAAUCAGAAAGUAGGGAAAUGUAAUAUCUGUGAAUGUAAUGAUGAUGUAAGGAGAAACUGCUGAGCUAUCAAAGGGAAUGGAUGGAAAUGGCUUGCUGAUGGGAGUCAGGGGGGAUUCGAGCUGGCAGGAAAACUACUGUAACUCAAAUAAGCACUCUUUACAGCCGGGGUGAGCAGAACAGCAUUUCCGAACACAUUCAAACUUGAGGUGGAUGCACCCAGCAGUCUCGGGCUACAGCGGAGUGCACACACAGAAACUUUUAUGACCUGGGCUGCUGCUACACGAUCAGCUGAUUGAAUAAUUACAUGAUGGUCCAGGUGUUCCUAAAAAAGUGGCCUGCAGGUUUAAUAUAAUGUGUUUAAAACUAGUACUAAAUGUAUAGGCUAUGAUGAAAUAGACUUUCAGGAAUCUCCUAUUUGGCCCAGGCAGUGCUGUAUCCAAGUCUGUGCCGUAAUAAUGUGCGCUUCCUGACCACUAGGGGGCACUCGAGACAGCAUUGCCCAUGACUACACGAAUUAAAAGCACAGGGUGUUGAUGCAGAUCUGAGAUUUCAUUUGUGUUUUAAACAGGAGUGUGUGAAAAUCUGAAAAAAUGUUUCCUGUGUGCUUUUUUUUAACACUCCAUUCCACAUUUAGUCUCCAUUUACUGUUCUAAUCACCUCCACUCUUCUGGGAAGAUGCUGGAUUUUGGAGUGUGUUUGUGGAGAUUUCUGCUCAUUCAGCCAUAAUGGUGUUAGUAAAGUCUGAUGUAGGUGAGGUGAGGAGGACUGGGGUGCACUCAGCGUUCACAUUUACCCCAAACCUGUUAAAUAGGGUUCAACUCUACAGCAGGCCACUCAAGAUCUUCCAUUCCAACCUGAGUAAACCGUAUGUGCACGGAGCUGACACAGGGCCAUUGUCAAUUUGGAAAAGUAUAAGAGUAUGGAACACAUAUAGCUGGAAAAUCAGGUGUCCAAAUAUCUUUGCUGACAUGCUCGAAGUGACGGAGCAUUACGGAUACACUCAAGUCUCGUCCGCUUCCUGUUAUUAUUGAUCUUCAAGACCUUUUUAAGUAUUAGAAGUGUAGCAUUGAAUCAAAUAUACAUAACAUCCUGUAAAAAGUGAUUCAUUAGGUUUGGAUAUCGUGCUGCACGAACAUGAACAAUGGGAGAUUCAGGCUUCUUGUCUUAUAUACAGUCACUGACUCCACCUGCUCUACUGUAAAAACGGGAACGAUGUGAAAUCCGCAUGAAAUCACUUCAUCUGAAUCGCUCUGGAACUCCAAUAAAAAAAUGUCAUUCGAGUUUUAGAAGAUUGAAGCAUCAGCGAAAGAUUUUGGACUGUUAUCCGGCUUUAUUUGCACUUUAUUGUCAACUGUGAUGUCAACUGUUAUGAUCCGUGACAGCAGAGUCGUUAUUUUCCUAAGUGUGAACGAGUACAAAAAAAAGUCGAUCAGAAACUUCUCUGGUGAACGUUAAGUGAAUUUUGUAUCAGAAUUGUCGCUUGUGAACCUUAUAGAUGUGCGUGUGUGUGUGUGUGUGUGUGUGUGUGUGUGUGUGUGAGAGAGCGGUGGUGUUCGGGGAUGAUAAAGCCACCAUGAUGCUUAACCCCACACACUGCACCAUUCACAAAGAACGAAUGUGAUCCACAAACGGUUAUGUUGCCAUGUUGAAUGUUCUUCCACCUUUUUGAUACACUGAACUAAAACUUUUUUUCUAACUCAA